UCUCACUCACUCCCUCUGACACAGUCCACACCCUAGGCAGGUGCCCUGUCACAGAGAGAGCUGGAGAGUUUGAGCUGUGCUUCCCAGCCCUGUUAGCAACACCUGUACCACCGUCUGAGAGAGAGGCAGAGCCAGGACAGAGGCAGAGAGAUAGAGGCAGCGAGAAAGAGGCAGCAAGAGAGAGACAGGCAGAGACAGAGACAGGCAGAGAGCGAGAGAGACAGAGAGAGAGACAGGCAGAGAGAGAGACAGGGACAGAGAGAGAGAGAAACAGAGAGAGAGACUAUCUGCCUCAGGACCCAGGCUAAGGAUUUCUCUGUUGUCAGGGAGACAGACACCUACCCUUCCUGCUGCUUGCAGCAUCUCCUGAACCAUCUCCAGGACCAGGACCUCUAGCAGACACCAGGACCAGGCUGCAGAUCAACCCCACCUGACAGCAGCCGGACCUGGGUUCACCAGGGUUCACCAGGGACCCUGCCUGUCCUGGAACCAAAGGAACAUCAUCCAGGUCGUCUCCUCACCCCUGUCAGGGAGCGACACCACUGCCCAGGACCCAGCCAUGUCUCAGCCAGGGAGAGACCACCCAGGGAGCCCAGCCUACCCCCCACCCCGCCUGGGCGUGCCCGUGUCCGAGAGCCCCCUUCCGGCUGGAGGAGAGGCCUGGGAGGCUGAGGACACCAAGCCCUGCAUGGAGGCCAUGGACCGUGGCCUCCCCCCUGGCCUCCCCGGCCUCUACCUCUCCUGCAUCGACAUGCUCCUCACCGAGGACUCCGCCUGGCUGGUGAAGGUCAGCGAGGCUGUGCCCGCGUUGGCUGUCCCCCUGAGCAGGGGGGGACCGGAGCAGUGCCCGGUCAUUGACAGCCAGGGCCUGGGGUUGUCCCCCGGGCUUGAGGCCCUGCAGGGCCCGGAGGAGGAGCGCUCCCUGGAGCAGGUGCAGAGUCUGGUGGUCGGGGAGGUGCUGAAGGAUGUGGAGACGGCAUGCAAACUGCUCAAUAUUACCCCAGACCCUGCAGAGUGGAACUGUGGGAAUGUGCAGAAGUGGCUCCUGUGGACGGAGCACCUGUACCGGCUCCCCCAGGCUGGCAGGGCCUUCCAGGAGCUCACGGGGAGGGACCUGUGUGCCAUGAGCGAGGAGGACUUCCGUCAGCGCUCGCCCCAGUGUGGGGACACCCUCCACGCCCACCUGGACAUCUGGAAGUCAGCUGCUUGGAUGAAGGAGCGGUGUUCAGUUGGAGAAGCCAAACUGACCGGUACGACUUUCACUUUUUUUUUUACUUUUCAUUCUCAUGUCCACCCAGCUGAAUCCUCAACCACAGCUUUUGCCCUGUGUUUGUGUCCCUGUGUGUGUGUGUGUGUGUGCGGUGAGGACCUGUGGUCCGAGGCAGACUCCUCCUGUACGGGACAGCCCAUCCACCUGUGGCAGUUCCUCCGAGAGCUGCUGCUCAAGCCCCACAACUACGGACGCUGCAUCCGCUGGGUCAACAAGGAGAAAGGCAUCUUCAAGAUCGAGGACUCUGGCCAUGUGGCCCGGCUGUGGGGCCUGAGGAAGAACCGUCCGGCCAUGAACUACGACAAGCUGAGCCGCUCCAUACGACAGUACUACAAGAAGGGCAUCAUCCGCAAGCCAGACGUCUCCCAGAGGCUCGUCUACCAGUUCGUUCACCCGGUGAGGAGGAGGAGGAGGAGGAGGAGGAGACAGAGAUCCCUUCAUACCUGUAGGAGGAGGAAGAGGAGGAGGAGAGAGAGAUCCCUUCAUACCGGGUGUGGAGGAAGAAAGGGAAAGAUAGGAGGAGGAGAGAUGCCUGUGUAGGAGAUGAGAGGUAGCUGAAGUCACACCUUGUACUUGAACACCCACGCUGCCGUGAGUAGGACGAGGUUGGAAGGGGAAAAAGAACAGACUUGAACAAGUGCACUGACAAGCCUCCGUGUAAACAACCUCCCCUCACCGCCUGCAGCGAGGAGGGCUAGGAGGUAUCUCCCCUCACCGCCUGCAGCGAGGAGGGCUAGGAGGUAUCUCCCCUCACCGCCUGCAGCGAGGAGGGCUAAGGCUUCUCAGGAUCACCAACAGUUCGCCCCGCCCACGCUCAGCGGAGAAGGUGGAGGACGUUUUUUCGUUUUUUUUUUUCAAAACAGAAUGUGAUCAAGGCGUUGACUUUUCAACAACAUAUAAAUUCAAGAGAAACUGAACUGCCUUUUCCGUUUGCACGCUCUGCCUGUCCUUGUCUGUCAUGUCAUAUCAAAUGAUCUUAUCUUAUUUUCGUUUGCCAUAAAGCCAAAAGGUUAGUGUAUCUUAAUGAACGUAUGUUUUCGGUGUUCAUUUGUUUGUGUGUGAAUGGUUUUCUUAACCUAAACCAUUUAUCUUCAUUUUACAGGAUACAUUGUUUGUCAAAACAAUGUCAAAAGUGUGUGUUGUUUGGGUGUGUGCGUGUGUGUUUGCGUGUGUGCGUGUGUGUGUGCGUGCGUGCGUGUGUGCGUGCGUGUGUGUGUGUGCGUGUGUGUGUGUGUGUGUAUGUGUGUGUGUGUGUCUGAGUGUGCGUGUGUGUGCGUGUGUGUGUGAGUGUGUGUGUGUGUGAGUGCGUGUGUGCGUGUAUGUGUGUGUGAGUGUGUGAGUGUGUGUGUGCGUGUCUGUGUGUGUGUGUGUGUGAGUGUGUGUGUGUGUUUGUGUGUGCGUGUCUGAGUGUUCACCCUGGGUUUGGCUUUGGCUUUCUCCCAGCGAGGCAAACAGUCAGGCAUUAAUCACACACUUCUGAUCUCCACGCUGCAACAAUGCAGACCGAGAAGUUCAGCACUUCUUUGAACCUGAAAUAGAGACUAAAGCUUCACCCAGGGCGCUAUGUGAACGGAAGAGAAAAUGUUUAAACAGGGGUCUAACUAUUAUUCAGUAUUUUUCCACAGUAACCCACAUAACAUAUAUGUCAAUUAUCAAAAACAUUAUCUCAAAAAUGUCAUGGCGCCUUGUGUUUUUUGUGGUACACAGUGCACUGAGACUGCAAACCUACAAUGACCAGCAGACAAUGACUGAAGGAACAACACCUAGUUAAAUCAUUAAUGUUUUACUACUCAACACAAUGGAGUUAGCGGUCAAGCCUUCUCCGUGAGAGAGGUGUGAAGAAUUGCUGUGUCAUGUGACCCACCUAUAAGAGCGUGGGGAGGAACUACUGGCCUAGUGUUGUGUUACGUUCUGAUCACCUCAAGUGUUUACAUUCUGCGUGCUCUAUGUUGGUGUGGAGCCUGUCUAACUCUUACCUGCUGUAUUCCAGGCAGCAACAGAGAAUAUAAGCUGACAGAUAAUGUUACCAGAUGCCCUAAAUAAAAGUUUAAUAAAAGUUAAGUAAAACUUUAAAAUACCAUGAACUUGAAUAGGAUUUUGUUUAGCAUUACCACUUAUUAUUUAAAAAGACAACCUUUUGGGGCAUUACAGUUUACUGAAAUAGCCUACCAAAGUCCACAAAGCUGGCAGUUACCCAGGGAGCAACAAUCUAAUUUCACCUCAGUGCAUCAAUAAAUGCAUCAAAACACAAGCUCAUCGGGUUGCGAGGAACAUCAAAUAUUUGCUAAACUGAUUUACAGAGAUCACCGUACUUAGUAGAUUUUUCUGGUGUCAGUACUUCACUAUUUAUUUUUCUGACAACUUUUUACUUUCACUCCUUACAUUUUUUACACAAAUAUAUGUACUGUAUACUUUUGACCUGACACCAGCCUGUUAGAUCUGACCUGAGACCAGCCUGUUAGACCAGCCUGUUAGAUCUGACCUGAGACCAGCCUGUUAGAUCUGACCUGAGACCAGCCUGUUAGAUCUGACCUGACACCAGCCUGUUAGAUCUGACCUGAGACCAGCCUGUUAGACCAGCCUGUUAGAUCUGACCUGAGACCAGCCUGUUAGAUCUGACCUGACACCAGCCUGUUAGAUCUGACCUGAGACCAGCCUGUUAGAUCUGACCUGAGGCCAGCCUGUUAGACCAGCCUGUUAGUUCUGCAGUAGGCAGAGA